AUGCCCUCCACAACUGUAAUUGAUGCCAAUCAGAUCGACUUUCAAAAGUACGUCAAUGAAGAAUAUAACAGCAAAAUUUCAAGGGACUUCUAUAUACAAGAUUUUGGUAACAUAAUAUUUGCGGCAAACGAGCAUCACGCGAAAUAUGCUCGCGUACCAUUUGUACCGGAUAUUGAUGAUAAGAAAACUCCUGUAGAGGAAAGGAGUUCUGCAAAAUACUUUUUAGAUAAGCCAGACGAUCCACAUCAAACAAAUAGAUCAUUCAAUGAUUGUACAAGCAGUAUUCCUAGUCAGACACAAGUGGCUGAAUAUAUUGUUGGUUUGAUGCGCCAUGGUUGGAAAUUACCUUCACCUCAAUUACUUAUCUCGGUUACGGGCGGUACCGGUCGUUACGAGCUGCCAAAACGAAUACAAUCUGCUUUUCAGCGCGGACUGAUGACUGCUGCUGUUACUACAGACGCAUGGAUUAUCACUGAAGGUUCGCAUGAAGGCGUGAUGAAAGAGGUGGGUAAUAUCGUUGAGAAAUGUCGCUAUAACAACAUCAAAAUAAUUUCCAAAGUUAAGUGUAUCGGCAUCGCCAAUUGGUAUUUUACGACUGAUCAUGACCAUCUUAGCUAUCGUGAUGCUUCGCGAAAGAGAUCGUCACAAUGUGAUCAAUUUUCCAAACGAACUUCGUUAUUUAGGAAACUAAGUGAUCUUGCUAGAAAUGUAACUUCGUUUGACUCACCUACCAAUCUUCUGCCAAUUGGUACUCCAAUAGCCAGUGAAGAAAAUCGACAAAAUUAUAAGCAUUCAACAACGUAUGAGACACAAAAUAAAGUAUAUCGUGGCCGACUGACAAUAGAUGAUGUAAAUAACUCUCCUCUUGAUUUGAACCAUACACAUUUUGUACUGUUGGAUGAUAUGUUGGGCGAAGUCUCAGAAGCAAGCAAUGCAGAAGCUCCCCAUCGACCUGAUCUUGCAAUCAAAAUGCGCGCUGAAAUUGAGCAUCAGAUAAGUAAAAAUUACCGUAUUUCCAUCGUACAAAUACUAGCCAACGGUGGCCCUUCAUCCAUUCUCACUGUGUGUGAAGCACUCGAGCAGGGCACUCCUAUCAUUGUCAUUGCAGACACCAAUCGGGCAGCAGAUUUGAUCAUACGAGAAUACAAAUACCUUUACGGAGAUAAUUCGACAGAUCGUGAAGCACGGCGUUCGAAAGAGGCCUAUACGAAAGCUCUUCCAAGAUGCAAUGAUUAUUAUGCUCAAAAAAGAUGGAAAAAAUUACUAGACUAUCAAGAUGUUUUCAAAGAUAAUAACUGUGAGAAGUUUGCCAAACAACUGACUUCUUAUAAUGGCUACAUGCUCAUUUCAACAUUUCAAUUGCGAAAUGAAUACGGAGAGAACAAACUUGAGGACACCAUUUUACAUGCCUUACUUAAUGCAACGAAAAUGACAAAGGAAAGUGAAACUCAACGAAUCAAAGAAUUGAGACUGGCUAUCGCUUGGAAUAAAUUCGAUCUUGCUCAAAAAGAUAUUCUUACCACGAAAACUAUCGGUUCAUGGACGGAUGCUGAGCUUGAUGAAGAACUAAAACAUUCCAUACGAACGGAUAAAGUACGUUUUGCCGACCUAUUAAUUGAAUAUGGAGCUUCAUUCGAUCGAUUACAAGAAUCAAUGGACAAGGAUGAGCUCUAUCAAGAUCUACUUUCGGCAGAUACAUUGCCAUUUUGGGAGUCUGAUUAUACCGAUGGUAUCCAAUCAUUGAAUCAACAAAUUAAAUCGAACCGUAUGCGUUUUUACAGUCUUUACUUAAACAUCAGUCCAGAUGAUAUGAAGAAGUGUCCGGUGAUGGAAUUAUUUUUAUGGUCACUAUUUGCCAAUCAUCAUAGGAUGGCCACUUAUUUGUGUUCAAGGUCAUCGAACUCCAUCAUAGCAGCGCUACUGGCCAACAGAAUAUAUCAGAAAGCUGCUGAAAAAGCACCUGAGCGUGAAAAACGAAUGGAAUAUGUUCGAAUAGGACGAGAAUUUGCUAUUCAUGCCUCAACUAUCAUCGACAUGUGUUUUGCCAAGAAAGAGCAGUGUGCUCUUGAUAUUCUUAUUAGAAAAUCACCGCUUCACUUUAACAAAAGCCCAUUAGAUCUAGCAGAACAACUCGACAAAACCGUUUUUCUUGCAACCAAAACUGUGCAACGUCAUCUUGAUCAAAAGUGGUAUGGCUGUCUCCGUGAUCAGAAAUAUCACAAUUCCUGGAUCAGCAUGUUGAUCUUCUGUAUGUGCAUCUGUCCGCUAUUGAUCAUGAUACCAGCAUUUUCAAAUAUAUUCAUUUUUGACGAAGAACCAAAGUGCGUUGAUUUUACUAUAUAGUCGAUAUCCUCAAUAACAACAGACUUUUCAGAGAUGUCAGUAAUUUGCUUUUUUACUAAUCAAAAUUUUAAAAUUGUGAAGUCUUUUUUUACAUUUCUGAGUGCAGAAAUAUUUGCUGCAUCGAAUGAUGCAAAAAUUAUUUUAUUAUCUCGUAAAUUAAACCUGUAGUUAGUAGCAUUUUACGAGUAAUUGAACUUGUUCUUAUUAUGAUCGCUUUUCCUAAUAAAACAACAAUUCAAAAACUGUUCCUAUUAAGAACAGAUCAUAUAAAAUAUAUGGAAAAAAAAAUUUUUUUAGUAAACGAACUUUUUCUAAUUUGAACUUGAGAAUAUGAAUAUAUUUCUGAAACAAAAAAUGUUUGUUAUUAAUCAUGAAGUUAAGAUUUCAUGGUUCAGAUGUUUUUGAUUUAUAAUAACAGAAUUAUUAAAUUUUAA